AUGCCCACUAUCGAAGCCGCGAUCGUGGGAGUCAGUGGCGAAAGCAGCCAGUCCAUCGUGAAUGCCCUACUCGAGUCCUCCACGCCGAAAUAUGUGAGUUACCUGGCCCCUAAUCAACUUGGAGUGAAAGUCGUCCUAGCAGAUCUCCACGGUCUAUCCAAUAAGCUCGUCGAGCUGCUUUCUGGUAUCGACGUGGUCAUCUCGGCUAUCUACUUCGACAGUCCGGAUGAUGAGAUACUCCUCGCGAAUGCCGCGAAAGCAGCAGGUGUCACGCGAUUUAUCCAAUCUGCGCUGAUGAGCGUUAUCCACCGAAGGGUUUCUGAAGAAGAAGCUAUUGCCAACAUCGACAGCACGCGGGCAAGACUUGAUCAAAACCCGACAGAAACCAGCGCAAGACUCGCAUUUAUUGCUGCUCAACUGUGCUACUCUUGAGGGAUCCGGAAUGAUAAUAUGUCGGAAUAUGCUGAGUAUCUGGGAUGUUUAAAUAUGAAGGACCU